AUGGACUUCAGCCAGUCGGCGGAGGAGCUGCUCACGAAGCUGGACACCUACCGAGAGCAGCUGGCCCAGGUCGAGGAGGCGCUAGAGCAGCAGCCAGAUGAGCCUUCCCUGGUGAAGCUGAAGAAUGACCUCACGGAGGUCAUCGUGCUCACAGAAGAUUUGGUGAAGUAUCAGGCCGCCGCGCCCACAGAGGCGGAGCAGGCGGGGGCGGAGACCGCCGGCACCACAGGCCGCGCCUCCGUGGUGCCGCAGCCAGUGACUUCUCGCUCAGCGGCCAAAUCUGUGCACACGGCCUUGAUUGGGCGUACCUGCGAAGCUUUCUUUGAGCAGAAGUGGUAUAAUGGAGAGAUCAAAUCAGUGCGCCGUGAUGAGCGCGGGCAGGAGCGCGCCAUGGUAGAGUUCAUUGGCUUCUCCAACCAGCGGGAGUUCAAGGUCACGGAUUUGCGGCUGCUGCGUCCGCCGCACCCCGCACAGUGCCAGCCGGGCACGCGCUGCCAGGCCAUUUUCCCAGAGGAUGGCCUGUGGUAUGACUGCGUCAUCACGGAGCAGACGGAGAAGGGCUACAAGAUCACCUUCAUCGACUACGGCAGCAAGGCGGAGGUGCGCUUCGACCAGAUCCGGCUGCAGAGCAGCGGCAAGGUGGGCACGGCCAAGCGCACCAUCAAGGAGGUGACUACCCCAGCGGGCUAUAAGAUUCCGGAGAGCAUGCAGAUCCAGAAGACAGACACAGAGGAUAUCAUCGAUGCCAAGCGCAGGAAAAUCACCGCAAUCAAGAAGCAGCAGCGCACGGACAAGCUGGAAACAGAGCAUGUCAAGCAGCAGACGGCCUGGCAGAAGUUCUUCUACAAAAAGGCGAGCGCACGAAGCAAGUGCGGCUUCAUGAGCGGGAAGCCAAAGGACAGCAUCUUCAAGGUGCCAGAUGCCUUAGAAGGCCGCGUUGGCUUCAUGAAUAGUGGCCAAGAGAUGACCAAAUUCAAUGAGGCCAGAAAGUUCACCUACCAGUACGUGUGA